AUGCUGUCUCGGCUACCACAGCAACAAGCCCUGACAUGGACAUCAUCACCCGCACGCCAGCUACCUAUUAUUCGCAGUCAAUUCAACCGAUUCUACAGUGACAAAGGCACCAACCCGUCUGUCGCUCCCUCAUCUCCUCCUAGCCCCCGUCAACCUACAAUUGGCGAUGUCACCACCCCGUCCGCCAUUUCCUCCGCAACCCCCGGUAUCUCUCAGCCUUUGAGCACCCCCGAUGCUGUCCACAUUGAUGGUACUGCCACCAAGCCCGUUGUCGAGCGCCCACCAAGCAGCUGUCCUGCCGGCACUAAGAUGAACGGCCUGAAUUACUUCAAGAAUAAGCCCGAGAUCCUUGCGAAGGAGGACUCGGAGUACCCCGACUGGCUGUGGGAUCUUUUGGGUGAUUCAAGCAAAUCGAAGGCCAAGGAGGGCGGAAUUGACCCCAGCACCUUGAACAAGAAGCAACGAAAGCGUUACGAGAAGAAGCUCGCCGCCCGCGUUGGCGUUCUCCCUCCCAAGAUUCCUGCCCAUCACCACGCCCACGACAUCACACCAGCCCAAUACAACCGCGAUGGCCCCUCCGAAGGUAUCACCGACGCCACCGAGAGUGCGGAACAGCGUAUCGAAGUGACCAAGAGUGCUCGUCAAGCCCGUCGCAAGACCAUCAAGGAAUCCAACUUCCUGCGUGGCCUGUAA